GUGAUUUAUGCAACAGCCUCGUGUGACCGCGAGGCUACCUGGCUCCUGCAUGCCUACCUUAGCACCAUGGAGAGCAUCCCUGCCAACACUCCACACACUACAAACGACGCCGUUUGCUAAAAGAAUCCGCGGUCCGGAAGUGCGGGUAUUACUCGCCGCCAAUAUUUUGGACGUCGAUGUGCGAUCCUGUUACUGCGGCACACAGCGAAGUGGGAUGCGGGCUUUCCCCACACACGCUUAUUCACCCUCGCAUAGUUGCUUCCAAGAUGCGACUUGAGCGUUUUUUUCUCGAACGCUGCUAUUGUUUAUGAGGAAUCUGCAUUAACGUUCUAAUCCACGCCCCGUAAUUUCAUCAAUCGGUGAUCGGUGUCAUGUCUCCUCCGGCGUCGGCUGCGACUGCCAGUGAAAGCAGCACCGCCACCACCACUACCACCACUACUGCCGUGUUUGAAGAGGAUACUAGAGAGGAGCAAAAACCCCUUAAACAAUCUCUGAGCAAGUCACUGUGUCGGGAGAGUUUCUGGAAAUGCCUUCUCCUGUCCAUUCUCAUGUACAGCUGCAUAGGUGCCAUGGUGUGGUGCCAUGUCACCGAGGUGACCCGUCUCAACUUUGACAGUGCAUUCAAAGGGAAAUCAAUGAUGUACCACGACAGUCCAUGCUCCGAUGGCUACAUAUACAUUCCUCUGGCCCUCCUGGGCAUGCUUUACUUGGUCUAUCUGGUGGAAUGCUGGCACUGUCACGUGCAGAACGAGCUACAGCACAAAGUCGAUGUCGAGGGUGUUUACGAGAGGAUUCAGAGAAUGCAGCAAGCCAAACCUUGCAUCUGGUGGAAGGCCAUCAGCUACCACUACGUGCGUCGCACUCGGCAAGUCACGCGCUAUCGGAACGGAGAUGCGUACACCAGUACCCAGGUUUACCACGAGCGAGUCAACACUCACGUAGCGGAAGCUGAAUUUGACUAUGGGCACUGUGGAGUGAAAGAUGUCUCCAAACAGCUGCUCAGCCUGGAGAAGUCUGCCCUCACAAAAAUGCGUUUCACCAAGUGUUUUAGCUUUGCCAACGUUGAGUCCGAAAAUUCAUACCUCACGCAGCGAGCAAGGUUUUUCACUGACAACGAAGGACUCGAUGACUACAUGGAGGCCAGGGAGGGCAUGCAUCUAAAAAACGUUGAAUUGAAGGAGUAUAUCAUGGCUUUGUCCGACCCAGAGCAUCACCCCUGGUAUCUAUCCCAUUACGUUUUCUGGUUCGCCUCUUUUCUAACCUUCUCAUGGCCUCUCCGAGUAUUUGCGGAGUAUCGAACUGCUUAUGUCCACUAUCGUGUGGAGAAACUGUUUGGUCAUGAUUACAUUCCAGCGACGCCGUGUGAGGACCGGCCGUAUUGGCGACGUAUCCCUCGCGUAAACACCAUAGAUAGUACGGAAUUAGAGUGGCACAUUCGCUCCAAUCAGCAGUUGGUGCCCAGUUACUCAGAAGCGGGCCUCAUGGAUCUAGCCCAGUGCCCCAACAGCUUCAGUGGGAUUCGUCAGAAUUGUGAACGCUGCCACAGGGCUAUAAGCUGCUCCUCAGUGUUCUCCAGGAGCGCCCUCAGUAUCUGUACGGGCGCCAGCUCCCGAAUUCCCUUCAGCGGCAGCAGAUUCUCCUUGGCACGACGCUACGGAUCGCAAAGGAGCUGCUUUUGGAGGAGCGGGAGCUUGGACGACCAGGAGAGUCCUAGCGAAAACACCCGUUGCCUGUCAGAGCGCCUCGCCACAGAUGAAGAAGAACCUCCAGACUAUGACGAUGCACUGUGCUACCCGGUGCUUAUUGUCCACUGCAGUGAGAACUGCCAUAAUCACAGGUCCUUCCACAGAAACGGCUCUUGUGUGGAAACUUCCCUAUGACCAAGCUGAAAAAAAGAAAAGAAAUCAAGAAUAUUUGUAGCAUACAAAUACUUGCAUGUGAGAUCCACAAACAAAUGCCUAAAUCCUAAACGUGUGAACCAGCAAAGCAAUACAUGAUAUUAGUAAUGUUGCACCGAUAUGAUACUGAAUUACAUAUUCCGUAUUGGAGAGUACUAAGAAAUAAUUUGCGCAAACUACAAAAUAUUUACUUUUUGAGAGCUAGUUUCCAACUGCUGGUCACCCUACCCAAGGUGGCCACCAGCUAUGCACACUCCGUAAAAAAAAGGAGCGCUUGUCACCCUUUCUAAGAUGAUGAUGAUGAUGGCAUCCAAUCAUCCUUCUGCUGUGAAUUUCAAUGGUUUAUCAGUAGUAGACAUUCAAUCAAUUUGAAGCUGGAGGGUUCAAAUCAAUGUCACGUCUUGCGCCUUCAAUGGCAGCCACUCAAUAAAAACAGAUGCUUUGACAUUGAUUAAAUAAUCUUUAAAAAAUCGAUUGAGAAAUAAUAUGGUUAUGACUUUUUAAGGGGAAGUUCAGGAUUUUUGACAUCAGGCUUAAUCUUCGAGUUAGCGAGGGUUUAAUUAGUCGGUGGAGUUGAUCUCAACAAAUUCCAUGUAGUUUGCUAGUUAAUUAUUAGUUUCAGGCAGUGGCUAAGCUAGCGCGAGUCAAUUGGGCCAUCUUAGCAUGCCAAUGAAAAACAACAUAUGCACACAUGUAAAUAAUCGAUGACCCAUUCAGUCAAUAGUGUUGGCUAUGUUUUCAGGAUAAAGUUAUUGAAACUUACCAUUGCAUGCCAAUAAUUGCAGUUUGACCAGCAAUAUUUGUAAUCCAGAAGCUCUGCAGAUGAGCAGGGCGCAGUGAUAUCACAUCAGUUUUUUUCACCGCUGAUUUCUCAUGUCAUAGCCAGCAGCAAGUAACCAGUUUAUAAUGUUCCUCGUUCUUCAUAGGGAAUUUGUGGAAACUUUCCAUUGCCCAUUUCUUCUGUCUGUUUCCACAGCCUCUAAAUGCACAUUUCGUCAUGUUGCCGGCCGGUCGUCAGUAAACUCAGCGGACUGAUGCUGCUUUCAAGGAAUGUGGGAAGAGUUUCCAACCUUCAAUCUGGAAAAAUAUCAUUGGAACGCCUCCACUAUUUGAUCGCUUACGAGAAGGCGGUUUGCUGGAGGUCAAAAUGUAUUUUGAUGGCAAAAAUAAAAAGACAACUUGUCGUGAUCAGCCAUUUUUGCUGUUUACAUUCGCAUGGAAAGCUUUGAGGUCGCAACUGGUACCCUCCGAGCACGAGUGGCUGAAGCACUCUAUUGUGGUCGUGUUACGCAUCUGAAAAAAUAGUCCUGCAGAAUGAAAUGAUUGGCAGUUUGGUGAGAUAUUGUUUUGGAUGCAUGUGUGUUUUAGAACAAUGACCUGUGUUUUGAAUUUAUUUGACUAUGUUGGGUCUGUUCGUAGAUCUGUAUCGUUUUUUUAUUGGCAUGCUAGAAGUGGGUGCCAUUGACUCGCACUAGCUUAGCCACUCCGGAAACUAACAAAUAACUUGCGAACUGCACAGAAUUUGUUGAAAUCAACUAUCGCUUUAAUUAUAAUGUCAAUGCAUUGACUUUAACGGGAACAUCGCCUCUACUAACAUGGCCGCCCUGAGGAAAUUUAGGGGCGAUGAGAGCUUCUGCCAUAUAUUGAUAUGACUUUAUCACUAGUAGACGUCCAAUCUGUUUGAAGUGGGAGGAUGGCAGCGAAUGAAUGUUCAUUCAUUCCCUGCCAGCCCUCCCACGUCGAUCACAGCUAAUGAGUUAAAGUGUAUGACCAAGCCAUGGCCUUUACUUUACAAUUACUUUACAUCAAAGUGAGUAUGCAGUAAUUAUUAUUAAAAGAAAAAAUACAUAUGUUUAAUAAACAACGACAAUGUAUCACUAUAGCAUUGGUAUUGGCGUAUACCAUACAAAAAUGGUAUCGGUGCAACUCCAGUUAUUAGUGAUAUGUUAAACCUUCACACUGACAAAGACUGUUAAGCACAUGUUUGCCAUAGCUUUUAAAAUCUGGUGGCACCUGCAGUUACCUCAAAAGAGCUGGAAGCGGGGGGAAAAAAUGGACCUGUGUAAAAGAGGUCACUGAAGUAUGUGAGCCACCAAAGCAUUCCAUUCUAAAUGAUUUUCAAAUACACUCCCACCUUAGAAACUCCCUUCAAGGUUUGUAUAGAAAAGUGAUUGAAAGAUCUGUUGUAAGCAGUCAUCAUAAGCAUCGAUAAAAUUCGAUAAAACUUUUAAAGCAGGUUUUCACCGAUAUAUGGAUAUCUCAGAGGUCAGUUUUCACCGAUAUAUCGAUAUAUCAGAGGUCAGUAUGGUUGAUAAAAACCUUAUAAAAAGCAGAUCUUGCCCAUCUACUCGCAUUUCAGGAGCAAGAAUUACUUUAAAUUUGAUGGAGAAAAAAUGUGAUUACUCAACUCUCAUCGGAGGUAAUAUAAGGACAGAAAGAAAUGCAAUGAUUUAAUUUUUUUCUGGUUUCGGUGAAAUGGCUCACUUUAAGUGUAACAUGCAUCAUCGGUGACAAGUCACCUGACAAGUCGAAGAUUCAUAUUCCACAGUUGACCCACUUCUAACUGUAGCAAUGCUUGAAAAACCCCAAGUAGAAUCAUCUCAGAUGGAAGGUAAAAUGGAGAAUAUUAAUUUACUAUGUGAGUUGCAAUGAUGCAAAUCAAUGAAAAUAGAAUGAAACCUGAAUUCGUGGAAUUGGUGAACUGGUGCAACACUAGUUGCGGGUAAGCCAUAGAGUUUGACUUUUGGCCCUGGGGGGGCACAACAUGUUGAUGACCCCAAAAUGCAGUGUCAGCAAUGAAAUUAACUUACAAGAAUAUGUAUAAUAAUAAGUUGAAAAUGUGUGUUUUUUGUUUCCCAUCAUUUUUGAGGGGAAUUCUAAAUCAGGCUGCUUAGGACAGCUACACUUUUCACCAAGAUCGUCAUCCAAUGAAUAUGGUACGCUCGGCGGCGGCGUGCCAAUGUAGUUACCCCAGUCAAAAAUUGUAUCCCCUGGGCGGAGCCAUAUGGAGGUAGAUUUGUGUCUUCAUUAUUCAAUAAAAAAUGUGUUUGAAUGCAAAAAUAAAUUUGAAGCUAAAAAAGAAUGCAUUUUUUGCAAUUUUUAUUUGAAUUUUUGAUUUGAUUGAAGUCAAAUUUUUUUUAAAAUUUGAUUUUGAUUUU